GAUGCCACCACACACCUCUCAGAAUGGCCCACAUCAAAAAUAGUGACAGCACCAAAUACUGAUGAGGCUGUGGAGACGCUGGAUGUCUUGGGCGUUGCUGGUGGGAAUGCAAAAGGGAAGGGCCGUUCUGGAAAAGAGUUUGACAGGUUAUUGUAAGUCAUUAGAGACAGUCUUUGUGGAGGGCCCCUGCGGGUUCCUGCUUCAACAGUGCUUGGACGGAACCAGGUGCUCGUCCCCCGCCCUGGCUGGCCAGCCGCUCAGAGCCAGCCCAGGCCACCUCUUCCCAGCGUCCUCGGACCGCCCCAAGGCCACCGCUGCCACUACCACUUCUCCUCAGCCUCCCACCAUGACAACCUCGUGCUCCUGGCAGGUGCACCAGGACUUGGAGGCAGCCAUCCACCGUCAGCCCAACCUGGAGCUCUGUGCCUCCUCCGUCUCCCUGUCCACGUCGUACUAUUUUGACUGUGAUGAUGUGGCCUUGAAGAACUUUGCCAAAUACUUUCUUCACCAAUCUCGCGAGGAGAGGGAACAUGCUGAGACACUGAUGAAGCUGCAGAACCAACGAGGUGGCCGAAUCCUCCUUCAGGAUAUCUGGCAACCAGAGCGGGAUGACUGGGAGGACGGGGCUGAUGCAGUGCAAUGUGCCCUGCACUUGGAAAAGAACGGGAAUCCUUCCCUGCUGGCACUGCACACACUGGCCACUGCCAAAAAUGACCCCUACUUGUGUGACUUCGUGGAGACGCGUCACGCAGAUGAGCAGGUGAAAUCCAUCCCAGAAUUGGGUGACCACGUUACCAACUUGCACAGGAUGGGGGCCCCCGAGUAUAGCCUGGCCGAGUAUGUCGUUGACAAGCACACCUUGGGGAGCAGUGAGAGCUAAGCCCUAGGCUGGCCUCCCGGAGCCACGGGGGUGACUCCCUGGUCACCAAGGCAGUGCAUGCAUGUUCGGGUUGCCUUCCCCUUUUCUGUAAGUCCUACCAAAGCAUCUACUUCAGUUCUUUCCUUAGUACCAUUCCUUCAAAUAAAGUAAUUUGACACACACACCCCACAAAAAAAGUUAGUAUGAAACUAAACAGUGUACUUAUUGCAUGCCCAGCAGUCACACUCUUGGGCAUCUAUC